UGCUACUAUCACCACGACUGCGUCGAUUUCAAAAUCGGAGACUCUACAAUAUGUCUGGUGGUUUACAUUCACUUGCAACCAUAAUAAACGGCUCGAGGCUGCGACCUCUCGCAUAGAGGAUCUUGCCAUGGCUCAGACCCAGGCCGGUCCCCAACGGAGUGCUCCAGCCUCUGACUCUGCCUCUGCUCCGUCUGCGUCUGCCCCCGCUCCCCCUCCGCCUCCACCACCUCCGCCGCCACCUGUAGCACCCUCGGCACCCGAAAUCCCGAAGACCGUCAUUGCCUUCGACGAACUCGUGAUCGAGGGCAAACUCAAGCCGUUCAUUGAGCUGACGAAGGGCUUCGCAGGCCAAUCCGUCAUUGAGAUUGUUGAUAUCCUCGCCAAGCAGUUCCAGGGAUUGCGCUCUUAUAUCCUUCUGUCCUCUUCUUGUAAGAAGCCGGAUGAUGCUGGUCUUACCAAGCUUCUUGCACCGAUUCAGUCCGACAUGGAAGCGAUUGCGCGGUGCAAAGAAGCAGGACGCAAAGACAGAGAAUGGUUCACACACCUCACGAUCGUGGCCGAUGGAGAUCUUGCAAUGGGAUGGGUCGCCAAUGUGCUUGGACAAUCCACCAUUUACUUUGCACGUGCUAACAAGUUAUAGCCUGCACCGGGCCCAUAUGUCGCAGAGAUCAAGGACAGCGUGGUUUACAACGGAAACAAGGUCAUUAAGGAAUACAAGGAGAAGUACGCGUCUUGGUCCCCUAUCUUUCUCAUACCGACGUGAGGCAGAGAUCCCAAGCAUGUUGAAUGGGUUCGGUCCUUCCUUGCCAUUCUCGAGGCGAUGCGACUGUACAUCAUGGAACAUCAUCGCACCGGAUUGACUUGGAAUCCGCAGGGCCUUGCUGUGGCGGAAUAUACCCAAAGCGGCGCGCCGUCGGCACCGCCAGCUCCAGCACCCCCGGCUGCGGCUGCGGCUUCUGCUGCAUCCGGUGGUGGAGUUGCAGCUGUGUUUGCUGAGCUAAAUCGCGGAGAAGAUGUUACCAAGGGUCUUCGCAAAGUUGACAAGAGUGAAAUGACGCACAAGAACCCAGCUUUGCGGGGAAGUGGUGUCGUCAGUGCAUCGUCCGGGCCUUCACCGGCCAAGCGGCCGAUCAAGCCGAGCAAACCGUCGGCUCUGAGUGGCAAGAAGCCGUCCAAGUUGGCUUUGGAAGGCAAAAGCUGGGCUGUGGAACACUUUGAGAACGAGUCUUCGCUCAGUUUGGAUGACUGCCAGCUGAAUCAGGCGGUGAAUAUCUACGGGUGCAAAAACUCGACUGUCGUAAUCAAGGGCAAAGUCAAUGCAGUGACCCUGGUCAACUGCACCAAGACGUCGGUGCUAGUAGAUUCUGUGGUCUCCUCGGUGUCUGUGACCAACUCUCCGUCGUUUGCACUCCAGAUCUUGGGAACCGUCCCUAUGAUUCAGCUUGACUCCACCGACUCCGGACAGAUCUACCUGUCCAAAGGCAGUCUGGGCGCGGAAAUCACCACUGCCAAGUGCAGUGCCAUUAACAUCAGUUUGCCGGUCGAAGGACAGGAAGAUGGCGUAUUCGAGGAACAGGCUGUUCCGGAGAUGCUCAAAUCCGUGAUCAAGGAUGGGAAAUUGGUGACCAGCGUCGUAGAGCACAUUGGCUAGUAGAUUUGGGUAUUUUUGGAUUCAAUCGGAGAUGAUCGGCCCACAGACGUCAUA